GCUUGCGCAGAUGGAGGCGGCGAGCUGGCGUGCGGAGCUGCUGCCUUCCGCCAGAGGUCGGCACUAUGGGGCUGAGCCGGGUGCGGGCCGUUUUCUUUGACUUGGACAACACGCUCAUCGACACGGCCGGGGCGAGUAGGAAAGGCAUGCUGGAGGUGAUAAAGCUCUUGAAAUCAAAAUACCUUUACAAAGAAGAGGCUGAAAUCAUCUGCGACAAAGUUCAAGUUAAACUCAGCAAGGAAUGUUUCCAUCCUUCCAGUACAUGCAUUACUGAUAUAAGGACUUCACAUUGGGAAGAAGCAAUCCAAGAAACAAAGGGCGGUGCAACCAACCGAAAGUUGGCUGAAGAAUGUUAUUUCCUGUGGAAAAAUACACGUUUGCAGCAUAUGACACUAGCAGAAGAUGUCAAAGCUAUGCUCACAGAACUUCGAAAGGAAGUCCACCUACUUUUAUUAACAAAUGGAGACAGACAGACCCAGAGAGAGAAAAUUGAGGCUUGUGCCUGUCAGUCCUAUUUUGACGCUAUUGUUGUGGGUGGAGAGCAGAAAGAGGAGAAGCCAGCACCUUCCAUAUUUUAUUACUGCUGUGAUCUCCUUGGAGUACAGCCUAUAGAUUGUGUGAUGGUUGGUGACACACUGGAAACCGAUAUACAAGGAGGCCUCAAUGCAGGACUGAAAGCAACAGUAUGGAUAAAUAAAAAUGGAAUUGUGCCGCUGAAGUCCUCGCCUGUGCCACAUUAUAUAAUCUCUUCUGUGCUAGAGUUACCUGCUCUCUUACAAACUAUAGAUUGCAAAGCAAGUGUGUCCACGUAAAGUACAUGAAAGGGCACGAUUACAAAUUUCAGGGUCAGAUUACAGGGUUUGAGUUUAAAAAGUUAAAACAUUCCAUAUGAUUCAGUUUUAGGAAUAAUUUUGCUUAUGAUAUAAUGGCCGGCCAGCCAACCAUUGACGAGUAUUUAUACUUGAAAAUGCAUUGUACAUUUUAAUAAAAGUUACUUUUAGUACUAUAAUCCAGAAGACUUAAGGAAAUAUUUGUUAAUCAGUGACAUCUUUUGGUAUCUUGGAUCCAUGAAAAUAUCACGCAGGAUAAAUUACACAUGGAUGCACAAAUACAGGUUUUAUGUUCUGGCUUGAAAAUUUUUUUUCAAAAAGGCAUUGUAGAACAUACAGUAGUAGAGAUUUGUAGGAGCCAUUAGAUCUCAUUAAUAUGAAAUAAGUACUAAGUCACAUGCUUAGUAUACUAAGUAUACUAAGUACUAAGUCUCUGGACCAUUUUCAGAGAGCCAUUUUAAUAUUUGGCUAUUAAGUUCCCUAUCUAAAAUUUGGGGAAAUAUUUUGCAAAUUUCUGUGUCCAGUUUUCACUUUGAGCUUAUCAAUUAAUGACUCCAUAGCAAGACCUCUUGGCAACUAUAAAAUACUCUCUAGAUCAUAAGGAUGAAAUAUGAUUUCAUUAACCAAACUUGGAGUAAAAUGAAUAAGGAGAAAACAAUCAUUUGGAUUAACCUUUGAAUAAGAAACUAUAUGUAUAGCUAUGACUCCAAUUACCCUAAAUUAUGAUACUUAGAUUUCAAAUUAUGCCUAUCUGUAAGCCUAUUUCUUACAGUUAUUGCCUGUCUACCAAGAACAGAGUUCUCUGCCAUUGUCUUGAUGCCCUGUUGUUUUUACUUUGUUGAUUUUUAAAGAUGUGAGUUUGCCCUUGACUGUCCCACGAUGCUCUUGCUAUAAAGCUGAACAUUUGUGGAUAGGGUAUGUUGCAGGUAUGAUGCUCAUGUGACCUCACUUAUAUAUUAGCUAUUUAAAAAUUGUUAAGUUGGAUGAUCUUGCCAGAAAAUAAUAAUAUGCAUGAUUUCUACAGUAGAUUGAUGGUGAGGGCUUGUCCUUUUAUCUGUCCCACAGGAUGGAUGUAAGACAACAUUGCAUUCACAAUGUGAACUAGAGAAUAGAAAAGAUGGUUCAUCCAUAAAUCAUAGUGGCAGAUCUCAACGAGAAUGCUCCUAGGAUGUUAGUGAGCAAAAAUGAUCUUGGGGAGAGAAAAUGAAAUAAUUGAGUUUCCUUCACAGUUUACGUACAAGGCAGUAAUGCAAUAUUACAUUCCUUUUGGACCCUUCCUUAGGGAAGAACUUUCGGUUUUCUACCUUCUGAGUAGAAUGUUACAGGAGAUACUUAGAAAUCUUGGAAUAGACCUAUGAUUUUAUUAUGUUUUUGUUUUAAAAUAAUCCUUAAAAUUAAAAAGUUAUGUAACUUUUGUCAGCUUUAUUUUUUUCCUAGUCAUAUUCUCAUACAAAACCAUAAAUUCUCAGUUGUCCAGAGAAUUGGACAAUUGUCCAGAGGCUCUCCCAAACACAGAGGAAGGCCCAGAGUAGACACAAGAUGAUAUCGCACCUGGAAUACUAACACCAAGAUGAAGCCUUCUGAUUCCAUAAUAUGUGUACUCACUGGUUCAUGAACAUCUUAGAUCUGGCAGUGCCCAGGUUACAGCUGGUAUUGAAGGAGAGAGCUUAUAGUUAGAGAGGUAUUUAGUUUAGCACUUUAAACUUUUUAGCAAUCCACAUAAAUAUUUUCCAUCAUGGCCCAUUAAACACAUUUAUAGUCGACAUGUUAGUCAAUGAAUAUUCAUAUGUACAUGUUACAUAUUUACAAGUUUCAUAAAACUGCAUGCUCAAAUUUUUCAUUCCAUCCUUUUCUAAUCAGGAAUUAUACCCACUUUUGAACAAGUACCAUUAAUUUGUGGUACACAAGUAAAAGGGUGAAUGACAAAAAGUUUAAUUAUCCCUUGGCCAGGGACCCAGUCCCCCUAAAGUUCAAUGCUAUGUAUGAUUAGGUAGAAUUAAAUUUUUUAUUCCUCCACUUCAGUUUUAGGAAACUGAAACAAAGUAAUGAAACUAAGUCAUUUUAGUUAGGAACAUGUACCUUCAGAAUGGGCAUGGUCAUUCACUAACAAUCUUGCUGGGUUUUUAUGAUAACCAUUUGGUUUCCCUGACUCUGCCUAUGGGUUUACUUUGAGGGGAAGGUUAUUUCCAGUUUGGAGCCCUACCACUUCUCCAACUUGACCAGUUGCUUUCUUCUUGGUGUAUAGCACCAUUCUAGUGGUUUCCUUUUGCCUUUUAUGUUGAAUUUUCUAGUGUAUGUGUUCUGUGUAUUUCUUAAUUUGACGUGCUCCCUCUCUCCUAUUUUUCCAUCUUUGGUAUUUUCCAUACUUUUGGAGAGGCUUCAUCUUCUAAUCCUGUAGAUUUCCCCCAUCCCCCACCCUUUGCUUAACAUCAUAUAUUUUUUUAAAUUUCCAAUAACUGUUUUUGGUUUUCUAAAUUCCUUUUUAAUAACAUUCUGGUUUUGUCUUCUGAGUGGAAUAUUAUCUCUCAAAAGUUUUAUGUUAUUGCAGAAUCCACUAUUUAUUCCAAUUUGCUCUAAUCUGUUUGUUAGGGUUUAAUUGUCCACAUUAAAACCUCUCCUCAAAUGCUCAAUAACCUUCCAUUAUUCGUGCAUAAGUUUUACUCCCUUGGUUCAUUUGUUAUCCAGGAGAAAAACCUUGGUCUUGUUCUGCUUCCAGGCAGAUUUCUGACAUAGCACCUGGAAGAUGAAUGGGAAGAACUGUAUGUUGGAUGUAUAUGGUCACUUAAUUUCUGGUUCUAGUUGUACUUGUGUGUGGUGUUCCCCAGUCUCAAACCUCUCUUUUAUUGUUCUCCAGAGAAGCAUCUCAACUUCUCUGAAGUGAGAACUUCAGUUUGGAUUGGGGGCAGUGACCUACAGAUCCAUUUGUGUUCUUAACACCUUUUACCCCAUCCUUAAUUCAGUUCUGCUUUCUCCACAACUAAAGUUUCCUUGUGGUGGUAGUGCCUGCAUCUUUGGCAGAGUCUGCAUUUGCUGCACAUCUCCCCAUUUCUUAGCUUUCCCCAUUGCUGGUCUUGAUUUAACUUUCUACUAAAAUUCUUCGCCACUAUGUCCACGUGCUUUCCAUCUUCCAAAGUUUUGUUUCUGACACCUGCCUUUUGGUUCAUAUGUAUGUGUAAAUUCUUUUGCUAGUGUUUUAGUUGGU